CUUCUCUUGAAACUAGGGUUUUUCUCCAUCUGCAAUAUCCGGCAAAGAGAGCCUCCUCUCGUACUCUCCCGUGCUUCUCUUUCAGAUCUUGAAGAUGUAUACGUCAAGGAAGAAGAUCCACAAGGAUAAAGAUGUUGAGCCAACAGAGUUUGAGGAAUCUGUUGCCCAGGCAUUCGUCGAUUUGGAGAAUACCAACCAGGAUCUGAAAAGUGACCUCAAAGAUCUCUACAUCAAUUCGGCAAUCCAAAUUGAUGUGUCUGGGAGCCGGAAAGCUGUUGUUAUUCAUGUUCCCUAUCGACUGAGGAAAGCUUUUCGCAAGGUUCAUGUGAAGCUUAUGAGGGAACUUGAAAAGAAGUUCAGUGGCAAGGAUGUGAUUCUUAUUGCCACUCGGAGGAUAUUAAGGCCUCCAAAGAAGGGUUCUGCUGUCCAGAGGCCUCGCAGCCGCACAUUGACUGCUGUACAUGAAGCAAUGCUUGAAGAUAUUGUUUUACCUGCUGAGAUUGUUGGGAAGCGCAUUAGAUACAGAAUUGAUGGAUCAAAGAUAAUGAAGGUUCUCUUGGACCCCAAGGAACGGAACAACACCGAGUAUAAGCUCGAGACCUUUUCUGUUGUGUAUCGGAAGCUUGCCGGAAAGGAUGUUGUGUUCGAGUACCCAGUUGCAGAGGCAUAGAUAGGUCCUUUACCAACGUGGUGGCAUCUUUCUGGUCUUGUUUUUCCUUGAAAACUGCAUUUUUGUUUGGGUAUUUUAUUUGAAAGUUAACAUUAAUGAGGUGCUGAACAAACAAAGGUAGAAGUGGCACAAUGGGUGGAUUUUAUUUUCGUUGAUAAUGUGGUAUUACAUUAAAUGGCGUAGGGAUAUUAUGAGUUAAUUAAAAUGUUGUUUAGUUUCCA